GACAAUUUGUCUAAUUAUCCUAAUGGUACCAAGUGGGUGUCCAAUGGGUUUAUGAAAGAGUCCAAAUGGGAAAAUGGUGAGUUUUUGGAGUGACUUGUAAAGCAAAGACCUUUCUCCUUAGCAAUCCCCACUAUCACCACACUAACCAACAACAAAGGUUGUUGCUUUGUUUUGGUACUACAUGUUUGGAUUGUUGUUAUAUCUUAGCAUAAUACCAAAACUUUGGCCAGCUCUUAUUCUCCUUCCACUUCACUACUUGACAAAUAAAAAACUCAUCUUUAUUGUUAUGAAAAGAAAACCAAAACAAAACAAAACAAACAAAGAAUUCAGAUAGAGAAGAAAAAGAGAGAGUUUUUAAUAUGUGUGUGUGAAGGAAAUGAGGGCUCUUUCUUUCACAAAUUCCUCAUAUUCUUUCUGAACCUAUUCAAAAGACAAACCAAAUCAAUAAUGACAAAAUACAGACUCUUUGUAUUGUCGCCAAAGCAGCCAUUGAAAAGUCCUUACAAAACAAGACCCUUUCUUUAACUUUAUUAUUAAACCUUUUUUAUUUCUUACCUUCUUUCUCAGAUUUCAUCCAAACCCAUUUUGUUAAAGAGGCUCUUUUGAUUGAAAGAGAGAGGGUUUCUACUUGGGUUUUUCUUCAAUUUCAAAACCCAGUUGGAAAAAUCAUUUCUUUUUUCUGUUUUUGAGUUCUUGAUCAUCAUCAGCAGCUGGGACACUACUCAACUUUUUUUCUCUGAUAAACCCCUUUUUUGGUGCUCCCCAAAUGGUUGGUGAAAUGAUCAAAGAUGAAGGAUCAUCAUCUGUGACUUCUUCACCAUUACAAUUCUGUCAUUUGCUUCCAUCACCUGGUUUAGGCUCACCAUAUCCAUGGAUGAGAGAGCCCAAAUCAGAAGAGAGAGGACUUUAUCUGAUUCAACUUCUUGUUGCUUGUGCUAACCAUGUUGCUGCUGGUAGUCUUGAAAAUGCCAACAUUGGUCUUGAGCAUAUUUCUCACCUAACUUCCCCUGAUGGUGAUUCAAUGCAACGCAUUGUUGCUUAUUUCGCCGAGGCAUUAGCUGAUAGAAUGCUCAAGAGUUGGCCUGGUUUGUAUAGAGCUCUCAAUUCGACUAAGAUAGUUUCGGUUUCUGAAGAGAUUAUUGUUCAAAGAUAUUUCUUUGAGCUUUGUCCCUUUUUGAAACUUGCUUAUGUGAUUACAAACCAAGCUAUCUUUGAAGCAAUGGAAGGUGAGAAGAUGAUUCAUAUCAUUGAUUUGAAUUCGAGUCAGCCUGCUCAGAUGAUUGAUCUUCUUCAGACACUAAGUGCUCGCCCCGAAGGCCCUCCACAUUUGAGGAUCACUGGUGUUCAUGAACAGAAAGAGGUGUUGGAACAAAUGGCGCUUAGGUUGACAGAAGAAGCUGAAAAACUCGAUAUCCCUUUUCAAUUUACGCCUAUUGUGAGCAAACUAGAGAAUCUUGAUGUUGAAAGUUUGCGAGUUAAGACUGGCGAGGCUCUUGCAGUUAGUGCUGUUCUUCAACUGCAUUCCCUUUUGGCGAGUGAUGAUGACAUUCAUAAAAGAAACUCGCCUUCAUCAAUGUCAAAAGUAUCUCUUAUGAAUCAAAGACCUUUAAAAGAUUGGCUUGAGAAAGAUUCACAUAGUUUGUUAAGCAUGAGUCCUGAAUCUACUCUAUCACCUUUAUCUGUAACCGGUUCACCUAAGAUGGGAAGCUUUUUAACUGCUCUUUGGGGCCUAUCACCGAAGGUGAUGGUAGUAACCGAGCAAGAAUCAAACAACAACGGAUACACCCUAAUGGAGAGGUUAUCAGAAGCAUUGUUCUUCUAUGGAGCAUUGUUUGAUUGUUUGGAAUCUACAAUACCGAGAACAUCAAUCGAAAGACAAAAGGUUGAGAAAAUGCUUUUCGGGGAAGAAAUCAAGAACAUUAUAGCAUGUGAAGGAGCUUACAGAACAGAAAGACAUGAGAAACUUGAGAAAUGGAUAUUGAGGCUCGAGUUAGCGGGGUUCGGUAGGGUUCCUUUGAGUUACCAGGGAAUGAUGCAGGCAACUAGGUUGUUGAGACAGAGUCAUCUUUUCAGUGGCUAUAAGAUUAAAGAAGAGAAUGGUUGCUUGAUUAUGUGUUGGCAGGACAGACCACUCUUUUCUGUUUCUGCUUGGAGAUUUAGAAGGUAAGGCUUAGAAAUAUUUAACAAGAAGUUUGUUGACUUGAGUGUUCUUCUUUUGUUUUAUCUCUGUUGUGAAUUUUAAUUUUCUUUUUUCACUGUAUAAAGGAUCUUAAUCAUGUUCUUGUUCUUUACUGCAUAGUGUUCCUCAGCAAAUAUUACAAGAACAUUUUCUUUUCAA